CAGCAUACACGGACCAUCAAACCGGGACGAGCUGCGGCUGACAUCAUUCGCUUGCCAUCCUCCCCGUGGAGGUCGCCCCUUCGUCACAUACUGGCAGGCUAGCAAUUGUUUUCACGUUCGCUAGAUGUGUGUAUACCAUUCCCCUUCCCUCCCAUUCUACUUCCACCAUGUCCUCCGAUUGGAAGACGCUCUGCGUCACGCGCAAAGCCGCGCAGGAUGCGACCAUUCCUCCCGAGUGGCGCAUCGCGCUCCCGCCCUCGUCCACGCGCAACGUCCUCAGCGUGCCCGCUGCGUGCGGCCUGCUCUCUGCGCGCGAACUUGAGAUCACCGACGCCGCAACCGACAUCGAGCGCCUCCUCCUGCGCCUUCGCACUGGCGAGUGGUCCGCCGUCGAGGUCACCACCGCGUUCUACAAACGCGCGAUCGUCGCGCACCAGCUUACGAACUGCCUCACAGAAAUAUUCGUCGACCGCGCACUCGCGCGCGCAAGGGAGGUCGAUGAAUACUUCAAGGCGACGGGCAAGCCAAUAGGACCCCUACACGGCCUCCCGAUCAGCCUCAAGGACCAAUUCCCUAUCAAGGGCCUCGAGACCAUCAUGGGAUACGCAGGGUGGAUCGGGCGCGUCGCAGAGAAGGACUGUGUCCUCGUCGAGAUCCUCUACGACCUCGGCGCGGUGCCCUUUGUGCGCACGAACGUCCCUCAAACGCUCUUGUGGGGCGAGACGUACAACCAUGUUUUCGGGCGCACGACGAACCCAUACAACCGUUACAUGACGCCCGGCGGGUCCUCUGGCGGCGAGGGCGCGCUCCUCGCGCUGCGCGGCAGCCCACUCGGCGUCGGCACCGACAUCGGCGGCUCAGUCCGCAUCCCAAGCGCCUUCUGCGGCCUGUACAGCCUACGCCCGUCCUACGAGCGCCUGCCCUACUGCAACGCGCUGAACGCCGCCGACGGCCAGGAGAGCAUCUCCUCCGUCCUCGGGCCCAUGGCCUCCUCGCUCCCCGCGCUGCGCGUCUUCACCAAGGCGGUGAUCGACGCGCAGCCCUGGCGCCGUGACCCGCUCGCGGUGCGGAAGGAGUGGAGUUGGAAGGAGGAGGCGCUCGGCGAACAUGGUGGUGUUGGGGGACGGCUGUGCGUCGCCGUGAUGUGGGAUAAUGGUGUGGUGAAGCCGCAUCCGCCGCUCUUUAGGGCGAUGCGGAUGGUCAAGGAUGCACUGGAGGCGGCCGGGCACACGGUGAUUGACUGGGAGGUGCACCGGCACCUCGAGAUAUACGAAAAUACGGAGCGCAUAUUCGCAGCAGACGACGCACACGACUACCUGACCGAGUGCGCGCGCUCGGGCGAGCCGCUCAUACAAACGAUGAGCCCAGACACAGACGCGCACGAAUACGCGCUCGACGAGCCCUUCGCACGCACGGUCGUCGGCGAGCGGCGGCACCUCUCCGCCUACGAGCUCUGGCAACUGCAUAGGGAGAAGCGCGCGUUGAGGAAGAGCCAUCUGGACCAUUGGGAGGCGACCGUGGCCCGCACGGAUACCGGGCGCCCGGUCGACGCGAUCAUCAGCCCCGUCGCGCCGUACGCGGCGUGUCCUCACGGCUGCAACUCCGACGCAUUCUACACCACCCUCUGCAACACGCUCGACCUGACCACGGCGGUAUUCCCUGUCACCUACGUCGACGCAGCACUGGACGCGGUCCAGCCCGCGCACGCGUUCCGGAACCAGGAGGACGAGGCGGUCUACAAGAUGUACGAUCCGCAACUGUUCCAUGGCCUGCCCGUCGCCCUGCAGCUCAUUGGGCGGACGCUCGAGGAGGAAGGCGUGCUCGCGAUGACCGAGGUCGUCGAUCGCGCGCUGAAGGCGUAUAAGGCGAAGGAGGAUAUGAAGUAGACGGGAAUGUACAUCCGGACGU